AUGGGAACAAACAUCUGUGAUCCGGAAGACCUCCUCACUUUGUUGGUCGGUCGGAGAACCUCCUUCAUACUCGUCGACACGCGUGAUUACUGUCUCAAUACAUCAGACCCCAGGAGGAUUGGUCUGCUCGGUAUACCCCAAGCACUCGCAUCUGUGGCCUGUUGUCUCACCGGCUACGGAGAUAUCAACGGGCUCAAACAGCUGGAGCGUAUGGGCUCUACGGUUGCGCCAGCCUCGUCACCUUGUUUCAACACGAAAACGGAGACACGCGUGUUCUGCCGGAUGAACAUCAAGGAAUUGUGGAAGCCGAAGAAGAAUCUCUUACUGCGAGUUGGUUAG